AUGUCCUCGCCGAAUAACGAUCCAAGAAGAGACGAUCUCAAGUCUUCUUACGCCUCCCCGCUACCGUACUCGCAAAAGGGCAUGUCGCUCCACCCACCCACGGGCCAAGUGUCGUCGUCAACGGCUACCGCCUACUUCAACACGGCGCCAACGUCGUACUACUCCCAGUCGUACAAUAACAUGUACUCGUUGGGGUCCAAGUACUCCAUGCCAAACUUUCACUCGACCCCAGACCCGUUCACGGCGAUUUAUCCUUACUCACUGGCCGCAGCUACUCAACCAAUCUCCUUGCAGCAGCCUCUUCAGCUGCAUUUACAACAACCUUUGCAGCAGCUGCUGUCGUUGCAGCAGCCGUCGUUGCAACAACCCAUGGCCCAGCUGCAACACGGCUUGCAGCAAACCAUCCCUCUGCUGCUCCUGAUGCCCAUGUCGUUGAACCAGCAGUACCCUACAACCUCGCUGCUCGCUCUGCAAUACCAGCAGUACCAGUUUCAGCAACCCCAAGCAACCACAUCAACUUUUCAACUGCUACCCUCUCAGAUAGCUCCCCCUUUGCAGCCUGCCGCCCAACACGCUGCCCAGCCCCUCUCCAGACUGGCUUCAGCGUUGCCUCAGACCACGCUGUCGAACCACUCCAACGUUCUUCCAAACGGUAACCAUUCCGAACCAAACUUGUCUCAUCCACAGGAUGAUCUGUUCGUCUAUUUCAAGGAUCCGUUGUUUAGAUCCAAAUCGCAGACGAAACCAAAGUACAACAGCAAAUCCGUGGUGCCAAAAAGCUCGAAAGUCAAGAAGGGUGGAAAGAAGGAUGGUCCAGACGUGAAGGACGCCUCAAAACCGUUCGCUUGCUCUUACCAGGACUGUGAGUGGUCUUUUGCUAGACAGUCUGACUUGCGGAGACAUGAAAAAUCUCAUAACGAACCCAUGUUCCACUGCCCAUAUUGGCGCACAGACCCUACUUGCCAUAGAAACGGUGGUUCAUUCAACAGACUAGAUGUCUUGAAGAGACAUUUGCGUCUUGUGCACUACGUGAAAGACAAAGAACACAUGUAUCCAGGUUCCGAUCCAGGGUGGUGCCGAAGCUGCCAGAAGAUAUUCCAGUCCUCGAAACAUUUUGUUGAACAUUGCGUCGAGUGUGCCAAUCUGAUCUCCGUGGCUGAUUGGAGACUCGACAAAUCAAAAACAGAAAACUCAGAGAAUCUUCCCUUGUCGGACGAAAAGAAAGGAGAAAACAACAAAAACGGCAAUCAACCUAACAAGUAG